CUCCUUUUGUUUUGGAUUUUGAUGGAAGUCGAAGAAGAGGACUUUACAGAAACCCAAGCUUCUGGUAGUGGUGAUCUUUCUUUGUGAAGGAGGGUUGUUUUGGGGGUAAGUUGGUGCAUCAUGGGCUGCCUUUGUUUUAAGUCGUCUGCCAUCGAAGAUAGCAGAGAAAGUCCAAGAGACAGGUUGUCGAGUAAAUCGUCGACCGAUUUGUUGCGUGUGCCACGGGCGGCUUCUUCAAGGAGAGAGGAAAUAUUCCGUGCGAAAGAUAGACCGGAUGGGAGAGAUGGGAGAGUUGUGUUGGUUGAGAAGCAAGGGAAUGGGUCGAUUCGGUUGCACAGUGAGAAUUUCGAGAGGAAGAGAGAGAAGACUGAAUAUGGGGUCACUCAACAUCCUACAAUGGGCAGCAUUCCGAAGGCUACAGAAGGUGAGCAGGUUGCUGCUGGUUGGCCGGCCUGGCUUGCGGCAGUUGCUGGAGAAGCUAUCAAGGGAUGGGUACCACGCCGUGCAGAUUCUUUUGAGAAACUGGAUAAAAUUGGUCAAGGAACUUACAGUAAUGUAUACCGGGCUCGGGAUCUUGAUCAGGGAAAGAUUGUUGCUUUGAAGAAAGUACGAUUUGAUAACCUGGAGCCCGAAAGUGUUCGGUUUAUGGCAAGGGAAAUUCAUAUUCUGCGUAGGCUUGAUCAUCCAAAUAUUAUUAAGCUGGAAGGAUUGGUUACUUCACGGAUGUCUUGCAGCUUGUACCUUGUUUUUGAAUAUAUGGAGCAUGAUCUUGCUGGUCUUGCUUCAUACCCAGGGCUUAAGUUCACAGAACAACAGGUUAAAUGUUACAUGCAGCAACUUCUACGUGGACUUGAUCAUUGUCACAGUCGUGGUAUUCUACAUCGUGACAUAAAGGGUUCAAAUCUCCUAAUUGACAAUGCCGGCAUCUUGAAGAUUGCGGACUUUGGCUUGGCAAGUUUCUUUGAUCCUCAUCAAACUCAGCCAUUAACAAGCCGUGUUAUUACGCUUUGGUAUCGACCGCCAGAACUUUUACUUGGUGCUAGUCACUAUGGAGUUGCUGUAGAUUUGUGGAGUACUGGAUGCAUACUUGCAGAAUUAUAUGCUGGAAAGCCCAUCAUGCCUGGAAGAACUGAGGUGGAGCAGCUGCAUAAAAUUUUCAAGCUUUGUGGUUCUCCGUCUGAGGAGUAUUGGAGAAAAUCAAAACUACCACAUGCAACCAUUUUCAAACCCCAACAACCAUAUAGAAGAUGUGUUGCAGAAUUGUUCAAGGAUUUCCCUGCACCAGCAUUAGGGCUUAUGGAAACUUUGCUUUCUAUAGAUCCUGUAGAUCGUGGAACUGCAGCUUCUGCUCUGAAGAGUGAGUUUUUUACUAUGAAACCUCUUGCUUGUGAUCCAUCAAGCUUACCCAAGUAUCCUCCAAGCAAGGAGUUUGAUGCAAAAAUAAGGGAUGAAGAAGCUAGAAGACAAGGAGUGGUAGGAAGCAAGGCCCAGAGGUCUGACCUAGAAAGGAAAGGACCGAGAGAAUCUAGGGCAGUUCCAGCACCUGAUGCCAAUGCAGAAUUGGUCUUGUCAAUGCAGAAGAGACAAGGUCAGCCCAAUUCAAAGAGUCGAAGUGAGAAGUUCAACCCGCAUCAGGAGGAAGUUGCUUCUGGCUUUCCAAUUGAACCACCUAGACAAUCACAAGCAGAAGAAGCAAUUAAAGAUCCCCAGGGAAAUUUGCACAAAAGAGCUUCACAUUCAGGGCCGCUGGUUCACCGGUCUGCAUGGGCUAAAGCUGGGAGAAACCUGGAUGAUGCUCCGAAGGUUUCAACUGGGUCUGACUUAUCAGCUUUGUCUAGUUUAGUAGCGGCUAGGAAUUUGUUUCCACCUGAUCGAAAAGAUAAGUCUGGUCCAUCACAACCAGAUGUAGCAAGCCUAAUGGGAAGGCUUCCUGGAUCAUUGAAUGAUCCAAAGGAAUCCAACAGAAGGCAGGAUAGAAAGCAUCAUGCUCAGGUUCUUGUGGGUUCUUAUCAGGAAGAAGAAGAAAAAACCAGCAACAAGGGCCCGAUUCUGGGUUAUGGGUCAAGGGGCAACAAGAGUCACUACUCUGGCCCACUAUUGGUUCCUUCAGGCAAUGUGGAUCAGAUGCUGAAGGAACAUGAUCGCCAGAUCCAAGAAGUAGUUCGUCGAGCACGGCUUGACAAGGCAAAAAUUAGGAAAGAUCAGCCUGAUGGAAACCAGGUAUCAGGUAAUCCAGUGUUUGCAACUGGUCGUGGAGUUGUGUAAUCAAGGCACCUACAUGGGUUAUGGAUCCAAAAAUCUAUGCCGGGGCAAGGUGAAAGGGUUCAGAGAAAUGUUUAUGGCGAGUGAUUCUCUUGUGGCAAGGUACAAGCAGGUGUUGUACAGGGACGUAAAAUGUUGAUUAAUCGAGGGUGACUGUACCCUCUGAUCUGAAUAGGGCUUUCUGGAGACAAAAUCUCCGAGCUCAAAUAGUUCUGUUCAACUGAUCAUCUCUUCUCCACUUCUACAUCCUCAAUUUAAGUUGUCGGGUAAUCUUGUGGCUAGCUCAUACCCAAUACUUUCUAGAAUAGUAUUACAAAUUAAUGUUGUAAUAAUGCAGCAUGAUACUCGUUUUCUGU